UUAAACAAUUGUUUCGAGUUGUAUGCGAGGAUUUAAAAACAUCGGCCCAUAUUCAGAACGCGCUAACAAAGAUAUUAGCGCGCUAACAAGCCGAGAUGUUAGCGCUUUUAUUAGCGCGCGUAUUCUCAACGCGAUGAUAGCAGCGUUUUGUUAGGGCACAUCGAUAAUCACGCGUGUUUAGCAAAAUCCCUAUUCAGAACCACGAAUAAGUCGUAACAGCGCGCUAACAUAUCAAUAUCUUAGCAGCACGUGAUGAAAGUGGUCAGGGCCAUGUAUAAGCGCACUAACAACUCCUGUCACAUUUAAAGAAAGCAAUGGAGUACAUUCGCGUGAUGAAUGAUAUACGGGAAGUGCAGGAUGUUGCACAGUUACGAGAAAGGACGCCGCAAGUUUUUCGUGACAGAAUUGAUCCGUUUGGAACAUUAAAUGAUAUUGAAUUUCGAAAUCGGCACAGAUUGUCAAAAGAAUCAGUGCGGUUGUGCGUAGGCUUAGUAGAAGAGAGGUUAUCUUCUCAGGCUGGGCAUAUAAAGAAUGUGUCACCAGCGUUACAAGUGCUGAUCGCCUUAAGAUUUUAUGCCAAAGGAUGCUACCAGACGGAGUUAGGUGAUCUACAUGGUGUGUCGCAGCCAACAGUAUCUAGAAUUGUGGCAAAAGUGGCUGAGGCCAUCGCCAGUCAUUUGCCACAUUUUGUGGUCUGUGAUGCACAGCGUCGAAUUCUCGAUAUUGUUGCCAGAUGGAGAGGUAGUGCUCAUGACUCCCGGAUAUGGAAUUCAAGUCGUCUGAAGGAGAAGUUUGAGGAACGCAGAAUGACAGGAAUUUUAUUAGGAGAUGCUGGUUAUCCUUGCAGACCAUACCUCCUAACUCCAUUCCUGAAUCCUCGAACUCCUACUGAAGAUAGAUACAAUCGGGCCCAUAUCCGCACACGUCUUACUAUUGAAAAAAUUUUUGGCGAGUGGAAAGGAAUGUUCAGAGGAUUACGUAAUGACAUGCAGAUCAGUUUAAGAACAGCAAAGCUUGCAAUAAUCGCUAUGGCAGUUCUCUCCAACAUACGGAAACAAUAUGAUAACUUCGAAUAUGAGCCAAAUGAUGAAGAGGACGACGGUUAUAACGAAGAAGAAGAAGGACCUGCUGUUUCAUAUGCAGCCGCACGACUUGGCGCAGCAUUUCGUUUGGAUUUUGCACAACGUCAUUUUGGCUGAUCGUUUUUUGCAACAUUGAGCUCAUAUUCUUCACUGCAACUGUUUGUUGAAAGUACUUCUUUCUACUUGGAUAUCACGACUCAUUUCAAUACUGAUUUUGAAUACAAUAUCAUUUAAUAUUUCUAAUGGAACAGAUUUGUCAUUAAACAUCCUGCGUUCCCCAAUAAAUAUAAAUAAAUUAU